AUGGUGCUGAUCGACAAGCACGAGUUCCUCACCGAGGAGGAGAAGCGUCUGAAGGAGGAUCGUGAUCGCACCAAAUACUGGAAGCGAUGGGGUCCCUAUGUGGCCGAGCGACAAUGGGCAACCGACUUUUCGCACGAUCAUGCGCGGUCGCGAACAUUCCGCUGGGGUGAAGACGGAAUUGCCGGUGUUUCCGAUACCCACGGUUUGCAGAACAUUGCAUUUUCCUUCUGGAACGAGAAAGAUGAAUUCCUAAAAGAACGCCUGUUCGGCCUGUCCAAUCCACAGGGCAACCAUGGUGAGAGUGUCAAGGAGGCGCAUUUCCAUGUGGAUAAUACCCCGACGCACUCUUACAUGAAGUUCCUGUACAAAUACCCCCAGAGAGAAUUCCCGUACCAGCAAUUGGUCGAUGAGAAUGCCAAGCGAUCGCGUCUGGAACGUGAAUAUCAAAUCCUCGACACAGAUGCCUUCGCAGACAACCGUUACUGGGAUAUCUUCAUCGAGACCGCCAAGGAAGGUGACGAUGAGGAGGAGCUGAUCUUCCGAGUCAUUGCAUACAACCGCGGCCCCGAGCCCGCUCACCUGCAUAUCGUACCCCAGGUGUGGUUCCGCAACACUUGGUCUUGGGGAUUUGAGAACCAGGGCGAGAAGCCAUCCAUCAAGCACGAAGGACCUCGUAUCGCCAAGUCAAACCAUGAAAAGUUGGGUGAACGCUAUGCCUGCUUUGCCCCAUCGCCCCCGGUUGGAUCCAGCGAUGAGGAUAUCCAGCCCCGAUUGCUGUUCACUGAGAACGAGAGCAACAAUAAGAAGCUGUGGGAUACCGAGAACGAUCAGCCCUACGUGAAAGAUGCCUUCCACCGUCACAUUGUUGAUAAGGAGAAGGACGCCAUCAACCCAGCCAAUGAAGGAACCAAGCUCGCCGCUUGGUAUGCCUUUGACGAAGGCGAGGGAGUGCCUCCUGGCGAAUGCGCUGUCGUUCGAUUCCGAUUCUCCCGCAAGAAGGAGGAGUUCGUGGACGAAGAAGUCGUGGACGAUGUCAUCGAGCAACGUCGCGCUGAAGCGGAUGAUUUCUACUAUCGCAUCAACCCGCUCCCCAUGAGCGAAGAUCUCCGCAACAUCCAGCGACAAGCCUUCUCCGGAAUGAUGUGGUGCAAGCAAUACUAUAACUUCAUCUACGACCAAUGGGCCAACGAAGGCCGCAAAGGCAUUCGCAAUGAACAAUGGCGUCAUCUCUACAUCGACGACAUCCUGUCGAUGCCAGAUUCCUGGGAGUACCCAUUCUUCGCAGCAUGGGAUACUGCCUUCCAUUGUAUCCCACUCGCAAUGAUCGAUCCAGACUUCGCCAAGAAGCAACUCGACCUCAUGACCCGAGAAUGGUACAUGCAUCCAAACGGCCAGUUGCCCGCCUACGAAUGGAAUUUCGGCGACGUCAACCCACCCGUGCACGCGUGGGCCGUGUUCCGCACCUUCAAGAUCGAGCGCAAGAUGUACGGUCGACAGGAUCUGGAUUUCCUCGAACGAGUUUUCCAGAAGCUGCUUCUCAAUUUCACCUGGUGGGUGAACCGCAAGGAUUCGGAUGGCAAGAAUGUCUUUGAGGGAGGAUUCCUCGGAUUGGACAAUAUUGGUCUUUUCAACCGUUCCGAGCCCCUGCCAACUGGAGGUGUUCUCGAGCAGGCGGAUAGCACAGGCUGGAUGGCCUUUUACUGCCUGUGCAUGCUGAACAUUGCCCUUGAGCUGGCCAAGCACCGUCGAAUCUAUGAGGACAUUGCGUCCAAGUUCUUUGAGCACUUCAUUCUCAUCAGCGAUGCGAUGACUUACCGCUCUGGGGAGGAUAACAUUAAAUCGUUGUGGAAUGAGGACGACCACUUCUACUACGAUGCCAUCUCAUACGGUGGUCCCUGGACCCAGCAGCUGCCGGUUCGAUCGCUGGUCGGCCUCAUCCCGCUCUACGCGGUACUCACACUCGAGCCCGAGAUCAUCAAGAAGUUCCCCUCAUUCAAGAAACGCCUGGACUGGUUCAUCGAGAACCGGUCAGACGUAGCCGAGCGCAACAUCGCCAGUAUGAAGCGCCGCGGCAAAGACGACCGUCUCCUGCUCUCGCUGGUGAGCAAAGACCGUCUAGAGAAGAUCCUCAAGCGCAUGCUCGACGAGACGGAAUUCCUAUCCAAACACGGUAUCCGAUCGAUGUCCAAGUUCCACGAAGAGAACCCUUACUCGAUGGACGUAAAUGGCCAAACAUUCAAGGUCGGCUAUGUCCCCGGCGACUCCGACAGCUCUCUAUUUGGCGGCAACAGUAACUGGCGCGGACCGAUCUGGCUCUGCGUGAACUUCCUGCUCGUUGAAUCGCUGCUGCGGUACUACAUGUUCUACGGCGACUCCUUCCAGAUUGAAUGUCCCACAGGAUCAGGCGAUUACAUGCACUUGGGUGGCGUUGCCGAGGAACUGCAGCACCGUAUGCAGCAUCUCUUCGCCCGUAAUGACGAGGGUCGCCGUGCUAUCAAUGGAACCAACGAUCUCCUCGAUUUCGACGAGAACUGGAAGGAUUACCUCUGGUUCCACGAAUUCUUCGACGGCGACACCGGCCGUGGUCUGGGUACAUCCCACCAAUGUGGUUGGACUGGUCUUGUUGCGAAAAUCAUUCACGAUACUGGCCUCAACUGCCGUCUCCCCCAAACCCCACGCUCCCCCUUCGCAGCAGCAUCCCACUACUUCGACGACAUCUUCUCCCGCACCGGCCGCCGCCCCAGCUCACGCCGCCCAUCCGUCCGCCGCUCAUCCACCAACCGCUCCAUCGGCAAUCGCAGUGACUUCAACUCCACCAUUGCCGGUGACGCGACGCCCGCAGCCCUGGAUGACGAAUUCACUAGUAGUCCCAUCAGCCGUCGCGGAAGCACUGCGUUCGGCACAAGCCAGAACGGCGACGAAGAUGAAGCGGAUGAGCAUGUGCACAAUUAUGUCGAGAGUCAGUUGCAGCGCGUGCGUAGCUCUGCUUCCAUGGCUGCUUAUGAGGAUGAACUUGUUACCAAGGACGAUAAGCAGAAUGGUAAUGGUAAUGGCAAUGGGCAUUGA